AUGAAAUUAUUUCAUGCAGAAACCAGAAAACGACUUGCUGUUCGCAAGUCUAUAGAUGGAAAAGUUAAGGCUAGUGAAAAGAAGGACAAACAUUCAUCCAUGUUAAAAAAAAAACUUAUCAAGGAGUUAGAAUCACCAAGUUCGUCAUCGAGUACGAUCGCCUCACAAACCAAAACUAUCACGAACUCUGGUAAUUUUACCGAUUUAUACAAUGCAAUUAUUAAGGCUGAAGAACGAAUUGAGAGCACCAAUCAAGAACUUAUAGAGAUCAUAGGGCUUAGAGAAAAAGAAGUCGCAAAACAGCUUCCCAACGAUCUCUCAAAUGCAAUUGAGAAAGAGUAG